AUGGUGGUUAAGGUACUCAAACAGAGCUCUAUUGCUCGUAACGGUGUGGGAGCAUUCAUAUUUCCAUGCAAGAAAAUCACCCUACAGUACUGCAACUGGGGUGGCUCCUCGCAGGGAGUGCGCGAUUUCCUCACCAGUAAGAGGCUGAAUCUGAUCGCACAGAAGUACCCAUUUAUUCAGUUUGAGGUCGUUAAGAAGUCUGGACACCCACUCAUAAGGGGACACUAUACAAAUGGUAAGGAAAAAGUUAUUUGCGUUAGAAAUCUUAACAUUGACCAUGUAGAGAAUAAGCUCAAACUAUUGAAGGACUCGUCUGGGGAACAGUUACGUGAUAGAGUCAAGAAUGAUUACGUCGAAACGCUGAACUCGAGUGUUAGAGGCGUGUGGUCUCCAAUGCACGUUGAUCCAUCGAUGAGACACCGCGUGUAG